UAUAAUCCAUGCUUUUAAAAAGUAAAAGAUACACUAGCAUUCCAUACUUUCUUUUUUCUGGCUCUUUCUCACGCCAGACACUGAGAUUGCAGGCUAAAUAAUGGGAUUGCAUCACUGAGUUUUGGAAGGAGGGAGUGAAAAAGAGAAAUAGGAAAGGAAUGAUCACCCACCGCUUUUCAGUGUGAGUCAACAAAAGGAGGAAAAGAGCCAAAAUUUCAGACACUUGCAGAUGUGGAAGAAUGAGAAACCUAUUUUAAAACCUAUAGAAUGUUACCAGGAGGUUUAUAUAUUCAGAAAAGUGUGCAAUAUUUGUGGUGCUUGUACAGUAUGUCUCAGUGCUAGUGUGUUUAUAAAGUCCAGAAAGUAAGGGUGGAGCUCAAGGAAGAAGUUAGACUGAAAACAAACCCCAUGCCAGAAACUGAGAGUGAGGGAGGGACGGAUGGAUGGAGAUGACGGGAAGUGUUCAGCACUCAAACCUUUUGCAGGGAAGAAGAGGAAUGAGGCUGGUGGAUAAAAGCCAUGCUGUCGCUGGACGAGCCCCUGGACUUGAAGAUUCCCUCUGGCCGUGACAGGACGCUCAGAAUGUCCAUCUGUGCCCCGCUGCACUUUUCUCGUACUCGAAUAUCCCGAGCAUUGCACAAGCCCAAAAGCCCUGAUGCAGCUGACAAGGACAUGUCAGAUUCCUCAUCGUCAACGGUGGUAGAUCUGAGUCUGUCUCCAUCUUCCUCUCCUUCACCACCCUCUCCUAUAGAUAGUGGUGCCAGCUGGAGCCCUACAGCACCUCUUCUGGCCUCAGAAUCUGAAAGCACCACAUACCACGAGGACAGCACCUCUCAUUCUCCACAUUUCCAGUUCUUUCUGCCAAUUGGUGCAGAGGGUCCCCUGCGCCUGCCUUCUUCAAUGCUGAUUGGUCAGCACUCCCCUGAGCCCUCGAGUGAUGAACAGCUAGCCUGCCGCUGGCUAAAGUGCCAUCUGCUGUUCGAGAGCCUGCAGGAUCUGGUGGACCAUGUGAAUGACUCGCAUGUGAAACCAGAGAAGAAUUCAGGAUACUGCUGCCACUGGGAGGGCUGUGCACGCAAGGGAAGAGGAUUUAAUGCCAGGUACAAGAUGCUGAUUCACAUCCGCACACACACCAACGAGAAACCACAUCACUGCCCUACCUGCCACAAGAGUUUCUCCCGCCUAGAGAACCUGAAGAUACACACCCGCUCACACACAGGAGAGAAGCCAUACAUCUGUCCUUACGAAGGCUGCAACAAGCGCUACUCAAACUCCAGCGACCGCUUCAAACACACGCGCACGCACUACGUCGACAAACCCUACUGCUGCAAAAUGGUGGGCUGUCUGAAGCGCUACACCGACCCCAGCUCUCUCCGCAAACACAUCAAGGCACACGGCCACGCUGUAGUGCAGAAACGUGCUCCCUCGCCCAGAACCAACAGGUUGGAUGGUGCCUCGUUGAUGGAUGGCCGACAGAUGGAUCGACCUUACCCAGGAGCGGCUCGUUUCAUCCUACCGGGUGCAGCAACAACCUUAUUUGGGGCUCACACCUUUGCUGGGCCCCUUAGCGGUCAUCCCCUGGAUCUGUCCAGGCUCAGUCCACUUUUAGGAGCCAGGCCGGUGCUGUACCCCAACUCUGGUGCUCUUGGGCUUGGGAAGGUGCCUAUCCUGCACCCCUUAUUGUUGCCGCCAUUCGGUCUCGGUGUGGGUCAAACUGAAAGAACAGUUGAAGAAGAAGAAGAUGAUGUUGAUGAUGAAAAUGAAGGCAGGAUGGGAGCAGGACGAGGCCCUCACUCAUGGGUCGUGAUCCCUCCGGGCAUGCUGUUCUUGAAACAGAUGGCGAGUACGUAAAGAGACUCAUGAGCCUUGUUCACACUGCACACCAAUCUGAUUUGGAUUUCAAAUCAGAUUACGGUGUCAUUUUGCGAGAGCUGAAAUCAGAUUGGUUAUGUUAUGUCCCCCCCAAAAAAAAAACUACAUGGAAAAAUUAUUGUUGAGAGUUUAGAUUUUAAUUUUGAAUUGUUCACGAAUUUGGUGUGAAUCUAGUUUGUCUGUUUUCCAUUCACACUACAAAAGCUAAACUGGUUUGAGCCAGGUAUGCCAAAAAAUGCUUCUUUUGAUUCCAAACAAGGCCUUAUGGGCCGUUUACACCAGUAACAAUAACUAUAAUGUUUUAAAUGAAUGAAAUGAUGUGGUUGGAAUCACUUUCAGAAUGAUCCAUUUUUGAUAAAAAAUUGACAGCCAGUCAGAAUUCACCCAACUUUAAAGAGCUUGAGCAUUUAAAGCAACAAGCAAAAAAAAAACUAGUGUUUACUUUCAAUGACAGAAGGUUAUUGUCUGUUUACAUGAACUCUAUUAUAGUUAUUGUUAUAGUUAACUUUACAGUCAUUGUUAAAGGUGUGAAUGAGCCACUCACUUAAGUACUUGCAAUUUACAAGGAAGGAGGUGUUGGCUUUUAAGAGAAUAAUCUGGGAGAGUAUAAUUACAGAAUGUUUAAAUAGGCAAAACAAAGUUAAUUUAAAUAUUGACUUUUCUUCAGGACUUCUUAAUACAGCGACCAAUAUUCAUGCACCAUCUUUGGACAAUAUCAAUCAGUAAUGUAUGUAAUGUGAUGUCAGACAAGAAAUUUAGAGAAGGUGGUGCUUCAUAAUUAAUAGUAUGCCCUUGCUUUGCGUAAUAGUCUCCUGGAGACUAUUGACAGUGACCAAACAGAGAACAGGAUGUGAUAUGAAAAGCAUACAUAUGACACCCCGGCCGUGAGCCGGAUAUGUUCAUUAAUUAUAAUAAUAAUAAUAAUAAAAAUAAAAACCUAAAACACUGCAGUUUUAAAUGCUAUAAGUGAAUUUAGGCAUUACAGGAUUUUAAUGUAAGUAUGAAAAAGCAUAUUCAUCUUGAGAUUACUUUUAAAAGUGCCAUUCAGUUUGUAAAUUGUUGUUACGUUAAAUGAGCUUUAGAAAGCAAAGAUAAAUCUAAAAAAAAAAAUUUAAAAUGAGCAUGCAUAAUUAAAAAUCUUUUCAAAAGGUAUUGAUUUUAUUAAUUAAAAUAUAAAAAUCUCUUAUAACCAAAAUGGUCAGUAUUGUAGUGUCUAUAAAGCGAACUAGUUGUUGAAGCAGAUGUGUGUCUUAUUAGCAAAUUUUGAUACCUGUAUGUUUCUCACAACCAAGAAGUAACCAAUUUGGGACAUAUAGUUACAUACAAAGUUACAUUUUAUUAAUGACUUAGCAAAUUCAGCAAAGAUGUGAACCCUGAUUGCUAUAAGUAAUCAUCAGCUUGUGUUUUCAUUAUUAGCCAUUUAAUGGUGCCGCUUUAUGUUUUGUACGUUACGACGACGAGACAUUGACUGUGUCAAAACUGUGUCAUAUGAUGACAUGAGUCCACUUGGACUCCACUAUUUGUUAUCCAUUAUUUAGUCCUAUGACUAGCGAAUUGGUAAACCUUUAUGCAUGGCUGACCUUUCUCAUUUAAGUGUAAAACCAGAGCCCGGUUUGCAUCGGGAACCGCAUAUCUAAUGUUGUAUAACUCUUAUUUGAUAUCUGCCAUGCAUAAUGGCUAAAUGCUAAGACUAUGGCCUGUCACGGUCAGCUGAUGUAUCGUAAUGAACUAUAUUUGCACAGGAUAUUUUAUUGAAUUUUUACCAAUACCAAGUGCCUUAUAUUUUAAGGUUGUUAUUGACGAAAUAUGAUGUAUGAAAUCCACUUGGAUGUAUAUUGUCAGUUCUUGUAUGUAUAUUUUACCAGAUUUAGUUCAACAGACUUCUAUCAUAAAUGUUUUUAUAAGUUUUCCUGAAGUUGAGCUAAUGCUAAUGUGUCUUACCACAGGACGUCUGUCAACGUGACCGGAAUGAAAUUUAUGAAAAAGAGGACAAUGAUGCAUAAGUCCAAUAAAGAGUGCAAUGACUAAA